GCACUCUUUGGACACACGUCAAUAAGGGGUCCUCAGGCUUAAACGGUCACCGAGUAGCGUUAGCAACAUCAUGGCGGCGUCCACGCGAGCACAGGUGAUUUCUCUGUACAGAAUGAUGCUGAGAGAGAGCAAUAAGUUCCCCGCGUACAACUUCAGGACUUAUGCACUGCGGCGGGUGCGUGAUGCCUUCAGGGCCAACAGGAAAGUAGAGGAUCCAAAAACUGUGGCGAGACUGAUGGCGGAGGGACAGCAGACACUGGCACUGAUACAGAGACAGGUCUCCAUCGGGAAGAUGUACGGGUCCCAGAAGAUCGUGGUGGAGGAUUAACCCUCUGCUGCGGAGGUGGAGGUGGAGGGGGGGAGCACUGUCCCAGCAAACCACAGGAUGUGACAUCAGAGACGAAUCACUGCCCUGACAUCAUCACCACCAACAACCAGCCUGCUUCCUGUUUCGACCCAAACGCUGUUUAACUGUCACCGGGUGGAGGUGGAGGUGUGAAAUGCAUUGUGGGAGAUGUAGGACAGAGUAAAGCUGCGAAGCACCUGAAGUUUGUUUGGAGUUUAGACUUUAAAAUGUUUAGUUUUUUUUUCCGUGGAUGCACCGAUCAGAUGUUUGGGUCGAUUGAAGUGAUCGUGUGAUCGAUCGCAGGCGGAAAUCUUUUCCUCGCUCUGAUUCACUUUCUGAGUUAUGACCCGUUAAAAAGAAGCAACGUGAGGCAAAGGCUGCAACGAACUAUCGUUUUCAUUACCAAUGAAUCUGCCAAUUAUUUUCUCAAAUCAUUGAUUAACUGCUCGCUCUAUAAAGUAUCAGAUAACGGUGAGACAUGUCACUAUUCCGCUGAUGCCUUCAAAUGUCUCGUAAGCCAAAGAUGUACAGUUUAAUAUCAUCUAACAAAUAUAAGAACACGAACAAAUAUUCACGUUACAGAAGCGGAAAGCGAACUUUUUGCCUAAAAAAUGGAUUAAUCGAUCAGAUUUGUUGUUUGGCCAAAGAGUUAUUUUACUUCUCAGACUGUUUCAUUUGAGUGGAGAGACGAGAAGUGUUGUGUCCCAGAAACACGUCUUUCUUUUCAAUGUUUCAGUUUCGUUAACAGGUUACUGUUUGAGAAAUAAAUGAAGUUUUGACAUAUUACUGUCUGCUUGAAAAAGUUGAUCUUUGGCCAAACUAAUUCAUGUAACUCCUGACGAUUUAAAGAAGGCACGAAGUGUUAAAAUCAGAUCUCACCACAAGGUCCGUUUAGUCUCCGGAGCUUUCGGUCGUAUCACGCGAUGGUGCCCAGAACUGGAAAUAUUCAUAAAUUUUCAUAAAAAUGUUAGUUUGCCUGCAGCGUGAUAACAUUUGUACUGUUUGACUGUUGGAAACUGACUGUAAUGAGCAGAAGUGACUCAUCGACGACGGCUGAUCGGUGCAUCUCUGAUUCCUUUCUAGUGUUACUUUUGUAUUCUAACGCACAGCGUACAUGAGAUUAUCUGCUACAGCGGACUGCAGAAAAUACACAAUCUAGCUUCUGUAAUAUUCACUCCCAGACACGUUUUAGUCAUCAGUUUAUGUCUGAGAAACCCCAGUGGAUCAAUAUUCUGUAAAAUUCAACAUUUCUCUGUUUUACUGGACAGAAAGACGUUUUGUUUUGUAAAAAGAUCGAAGAGGAUGAGCUCUGUGUCGACCUAAAGCUGUUUUAUCAGUUUAAAUAAAGCGGCAGCAGUGGAGAUGCUGCAGAUCCAAACUGAA